AACUACUCUCUCUUUCUGUCUCACACACACUCACACACACACUCAGUCUAUUAGAAACCUCCUCCAACAAUCUUUUUGCAAAGUUAAGAGCAAGAAACCAUCAUCCUGGUGGUGGUGCCAUGUAACAUGGACAUUGCCACUACUGAAGCACUGAAGAUGGCUCGGGAAGUUGAUCCAAAUGGUGAGAGAACCCUGGGCAUCCUAACAAAGCCUGACCUGGUGGAUAAACGCAUGGAGGAUGUGGUGGUGUCCAUCAUCAAUAACGAAAUCGUUUACUUCAAUAAAGGCUACAUGAUUGUCAGGUGCAGAGGAGCUCAAGGAUUGUCUCUCCGUACGAAGAGAUCAAGAAUAACAAGAACUUCUUCGAAAAUCACCCACAUUUUCAAACAUAGGAGUGGUUUUACCGACACAAGGUUUGAUUUCGUUUAAGGAAUCAAUCAUUUUGGGCAUCUGUGUGUGUACCCGGCUCGAAUUUCCAGGAAAACGCAGAGGGACUCGGUGUAGGGAGUUAAACGGAAUCAGUUUGAUUUGUAACAUUUAUUGAUCAGUUCGUG